CGAACGCGCACGAUGCACACGACAGCCCAACUGGAUAGUCUCGAGCAGAAGCGCUCGGCCAGCCUGAUCUUUCGGAUCGAGCAGCUGCUGCCCACCACCAGCAUCUCGCCGAGCACCAUGACCACCGCCACAUCGACGGAGACCAGCACAUUAACACCCACAACGAGUUCGGCGAGUCCUGCCAAGCGGAUGAGGAGUAAUCCGCGACCAGGUGUUUACACCGCGCAAUACACGCCCAAGGAUACCUGCUCCAUGGCCAUUCCCACGUCGGCUCUGCUUGGAUCCUCGGCCACGCCCACGGAUGCAGGACGCUUCCACUGCCAACUGGCCAACGGCGAACUGAUCGUGACCGCCUCCCUUCUGCGCCAGAUUAAAUUGUCUGAGGAUGUGUACAGCUUUAAUGCCAUCUUCGAGCUGCACGGCGGUCAGGUGAGGGUUCGCCUCGUGAGGGAUGUGGCCAGGGAGGACGAGAUCGUGGCUUGGUUUGGAGAGGAGCUGGUUCUCCUCAUGGGCAUUCCCUUUCUGACGCCUCUUAAUAUUCAAGGAAACAGUCGCUACACGUGUCACCUGUGCCACCUGACCUUCGAGACCCCACAUCCCCUAAAGAUCCACUUGGCCCUGGGUUGUGGUCGCAGUGCCAUGGACAUCCUCUGGAUGCGAUUGCACUACGCCCUCAAGGCGGCGGUCCAGAGCCAAACGGCGGCUCAACAUUCACCCAUUCCGGCGGCAUCGUCCACUUCGUCGGCCUCGCCCACCCACUCGCCACCGCCGCAGAUGCCACCCCGUUUCUCCGCCUUCCGACCGAUUGCUGCGCUAGCCCAAAGUUUGCCCAUGGCAACGGCGACCACGACUGCCGGCACUCUAUCCUAUCUGCCCUCCAUUUCGAUGGCCACCGCUCCUCUGUCCGCCCAUCCAAUGAACGCAGCCGCCCAGAUCGAGGCGAUAGUCAGUAACAUGGGUGCCUCCAAGCAGGGCCACCUGUGCAUCUACUGCGGCAAGGUUUACUCCCGAAAAUACGGCCUGAAGAUCCACAUUCGCACCCACACAGGAUUCAAGCCGCUGAAGUGCAAGUUCUGCCUGAGACCCUUUGGCGAUCCGAGCAAUCUGAACAAGCACGUGCGGUUGCACCUGCAAACGCAUCCCAGCAGCUCCUCGGGAGGAUCGGAAAGUGCAGCUGGCGGAGCUGGCAGCGAUGUGGACAUCGAGGGGGAAGCGGAUGCGGGCAUUCAGUGCCACAUCUGCCACAAGUCCCUGCCACGUCGCAGGGAUCUGCAGCGGCACAUGGAGACGAGGCACGGUGGCUCCCACACCCAAUCCCAGUCCAGCACCACCAGCACAACCACAAUGUCAUCGAUGACCGUAACCACUUCGAAAUCCAGCUGAGAACGGGGAAAAUUAUUCUUAGCACACU